GUAAUUCUUCUAUAAUUAUAUAUAUAUAUAUAUUGGAAAACAAGUAUGAUAUCUUAUGAAGCAAAUGCAUGGAUAUGUAUGUGUGCUUGUGUGGAAAAGGCGGACUAAAUGUUCUUGUCAACAUUUUCCCGACAGGGAGAUUUACAUGGAUAAGGGAUAUCAAGAGAGUGGUAAUGUUAAUGUUGAAAGUAAUGUUGGCGAUAAUAAAUACAAUAAAGAUGGAAAUGUUGAUGGAGUAAAUGAAACGUUGAAAGAUGUACCAAUGGGAACAAUUAUGCAAACGGAACAGUGUGAAGAGUUGUGGAGUCAAAAUUCUAAUUUGCCACAAGGUGAGGUAGGAGAGGGAAGCUUUGAGAGAUUGCCAAGGGUUGCAGAACCUGAAAUGUAUCCUGGUGCUCCAAUGGCCACGUCAACUUUUCUUUCGAAGUUGUUUCAUAUAAAAGAUACAUAUCGAUGGACUGACAAAUGUAUCGACGAUUUACUUGAGUUUUGUAAGGAUGUAUGUCCUGAAGGUGAGACAUUGCCGGGGUCAUAUGAUCAGGCUAAAAAGUUUAUGCGUGAUUUGGGACUGGAUGAACAUCAUGAGCACAAGAUACAGACUGGAGUGACUGAUGGCGAUGCUCGGGAACUAAAUACGUGGGAUCUUCACUCGGGUUGGUGCAUUUUAUGCUUGCUGGGGAGAGUUAUCCCUGUUCAGUGGCCUACUCCUUGGAUAGCUUUUUCGUUAUGCCAAUUCAACUACUGCUUAUGGUGAAAUUUUCACCAACACCAUUAAUCCAAUCUCAGUAGAUUUUGCCCCUUACAUGGUGUUAAAUGCGGCUGGUAUAACUAAGGAACAAUAUUGUAUAGUUUGGUAAUAGUUCUAAUAGCUUGUCCAAACAAAAUACAGGUUGAAGCCAAUAUCCUAUUCCAAACAGGGAUACUAUUUGAAGCCAAUAACCUAUGGGGUUGAUAACACACUUAAUUAACCUCUUAAAAUGCCAGUAGACUUGUGGGACAUGAUUGCCUGGCUAAAGAUCUACUUCAUUUCUUGGCAAAGAUCUGCCAGUAGCAAUUCUUUUCGUAGCUCCCAUUCAACAUUUAAAAUAUUUUUCAAUCAGCUUUUUUUGCUGACUGUUCUUGUACUUGCUGCAAUUUAGGCUAUCAAUCCCUACAAAGUAUGGUUUCACUAUAGGUCUAUAUUGGUGGUGUUUUCAUAAAUAUUAUAUAUAUAUUGUAAUGUUUGUGAUAUUUUGAAGGAAGUAAAUAUCUCAUGGGAAGUAUGAAGUAUAGAUUCAAUACAUGUCUGUAUUAUUCUCGUGAGGAUUUUGUUUGGGACUCUUUGCCACCUAAUUUUUGAUGUUAUUGGUUAUUUCAGUAAUAGAUUGUUCAUCUUUUCCGCCUUACCCAUUUGGUUUGUUUUUGUGCUGAAAAUAUUAAGUUCAUAAUUUAUCUUCUCUCAUUAUGAUGGAUUAUAAUGAUGCCUGAGUUGAACUUGUAAUUUUUUUGUGGCAGCCUAGGUUUUCAGGUUUGUCUCCCACUGUACUGUUGUUAAUUGCAAAUAUAUAUAUAUUUUUAUAUUACAUGAACUUAAUUAACUAUAUAUUUGUAGAGUUUUUCCACAGCGGAUUUGCAUUCUUGAUUAAUGUCUUGUUGUAUUUAAAAUGAUCCAGGAAGCUAAGGGCAACAAAAAGAUCUCUCAAGGUACUUCUAGUCCAGUCACAGAAGAGCACUCUCAAAAUACUCGUGGUACAAAGGGAAAGAAAAAAGUUAAUGCAGCUAAGAGAAAAUCGAAAAGAAAUUAAAUGGGAAAAUAGAUGAGAUUGUAUGAGAGGGUUGGUACUUUUGUUCAUGAGAUGAUGGUAAAUAUGUUAAGUCAGUUUAGCUAUGUGUUUAAGGACGUUUUUAUGUUUAAUCUGCCUCCAAAACAAUGUUUGUUCAAGUGACUAUUACGUUCGCAUGUUUUAUUUGA